AUGAGCACCCUGCAAAUUACGGAACCCCUGUCUUCCUCUUCAACCUCACCAGACGUCAUCAAAAAGGUCGAGAAGAACAUCAAGAACGAAGCAAAGCAUGAGGAGAAAACCCUCAAAAGCACCAUCAAGGACCUCUCGAAAACCGAGAAGAUGGAGAGCAAGGCGCACAAGGCUGCGGUCAAGGCCGAGCGUGCUUUAGAGAAGGCAGAAAAACACGAACAGAAGACUCUCGAGAAGUUCCAUAAAGCAGAACAUGCCCAUGAUGUUGCCGUAACCGACGUUCAUAAAGCACAGCACGAUUUGGAGGCGUUGACGAAGAAUGACGGGAAAAUUCAGCAAAGUCUAAAUGCGAAGAAGGAAAAAGUAGAGGCUGCCAUGAAAGCCAACGAUGAGCACACGCAGGAACGAAAUGCCAAGUUGACGGCUCUUCGUGGGCCAGGAGGCACCAACGAAUCAGGACGAGUGGUCCCAGCAGUGGAAGGAUCUACCCCUACCACGCAGAACUGA